AUGGAGGAAGAUGCAGAGCUUGAUCAGGCUCUCGCUAUGGUCGAUGAGAGAAUGCUCUCGCACGACGAGUCUGUUGACCCCAUGGCCAUGUUGGCCUACUAUCGUCGCCUGCUGCCCUUUCGAUCGUUGUAUACGUGGCUGAAUCAAGACAUUACGCCCACGAGAAACUUUACGCAUCGAGAAUUCGCUUUUACAUUGCAGAACGAUGCUUAUCUUCGCUACCAAAGCUUUUCGACGUGGGACGAGUGGAAGAAGGAAGUGUGCCGUCUCAACCCCUCGCGUUUUGAAAUUGGACCUGUGUACAGUGCCAAGCCGAAAGACCGAAAGACGCUGCAGAAAGCCACUUUUCGGCCCGUGUCGCGUGAGCUUGUGUUUGAUAUUGAUAUGACAGACUACGAUGAGAUUCGUACCUGUUGUUUAGACAAGAGCAUUUGCAAGCGUUGCUGGAAGCUCAUUGCUGUCGCGACAGAAGUACUUGAUUUGACAUUACGGGAAGAUUUUGGGUAUCGGCAUUUGUUGUGGGUAUAUUCAGGUCGUCGUGGUAUUCAUUGCUGGGUCUCGGAUAUAGAGGCGUGUGGCCUCGCAGAUGAGGCGCGCAAAGCGUUGGUCGGUUGGACGGAGGUGAUUAAAGGCGGUGCGAACCAAGCAAAGAAAGUAUCGCUUGGUUCCGCGACGCCAGGCUACCCGCGUGUGCUGCAUCCCAGUCUACGUCGCGCGUUGGGGCAGGACGUGCUAGCCAACACGGCCAGUACGUCGACGGCGGACCAUCGAGGGCCUUUGCAGCGCGCCUUUGUGGAUGUCAUUCUGAAGGACCAGGACUGCUUCCGCGAGCCGGCGCGGUGGGAAGUCCUCCUGGACUUGCUUCCCAGCAUGGAGAAGGACGCGGUGAGCCGCCUCCAAACGAAAUGGUCGCAAGGGUCUCGCUCCAGUGUACAAAAAUGGGACGAUAUUCUGGAAACUGCCUCGAAAAGCAGCGAUCGUGUGCGCCCUACCUGGGUAGCCGCACUGGAAGAUAUUGUGAUUCAGUAUACAUACCCACGCAUCGAUGCCGAAGUGUCGAAACGGCAGAACCAUUUGCUCAAGUCGCCGUUUGUCGUGCAUCCGUCGACCGGCCGGAUCUGUGUGCCGCUAGAACUAGCGCAGAUUCAGUCGUUUGAUCCACAGACAGGUGCCCCAACGGUGGCGCAGGUACUGCAAGAGCUCAACAAUACGCACAUGGAUACCAAUGACAAAGAGAGCCAGCGUGGCGAGUGGGAGAAGACGAGUAUGCGGCCCUUUGUCGAGCAAUUUGAUCAGUUUUGCACACGUGUGCUGCGUGACGCUCGUGAUGCGAAGCGAGCCACGCAAAAACACUCGCUAGACUUUUAA